CUCUGUGCAACCUCUGACACUGGCAGAGCUAAUUUACAUUUUUGAAAAGUUUUAUUUCAAAAUACCAAAAGAUGAGCAGAAUAUAUUUAGCUGUUGUGCUGUUCAUGAACAUCAAUAGUGCUCUAGCAUCAUCUGCUCUUCAGUGCACAUAUGGAUCCCAUCAUUAUGAAGUUGUUAAUGACAUUUAUCAAUGUUCUGCAGAUGUCAAUAUAAGCAUAACAACCCAAGAUUCAGCAUGUAUAAGCUCUGUAACAGGAUCACAUGUAGGAACCAAAACCAAUGAAGGUGUGAUUGGAUUUCGUGCAGUAGGACAAAAUAUUCAAUUCUUUCCAUUAGGGCUACAGCUCCAAUUCCCAAACAUCGAGCUUAUUCAUCUUGAAAGUUGUCCAUUAAAACACCUGCACAAGUCUGAUCUAAAGGAUUAUAAAAGUCUUGUGUAUCUAUGCAUUUUUAAUAGCGAUCUUUCGAUCAUUGAGGAUGGAAUAUUUGAUAAUAAUCAGCAAUUAAAAUUAAUAAAUUUUGGAAGUAAUAAAUUCUUAAAUAUUGAACCUAGUGCAUUUAAAAAUUUGGAUAAACUUACUCAUUUCUACCUGCAUGCCGUACCAUGCAUUGUUAGAUAUACUAGAGACAGAAAUGGAGUUGAAUCCAUUUUAAACAGCUUAGUAACCCAAUGCAAAAAUCCUGAAUUCUUAUCAAUGCACAAAAAGUUCAAAAAUUUAGAGUCUCGAUCCACAAGUGAAGAUAUUAAGGAAGAUUUGAAAGUACUUCAGCUAGAAUUUCAAUCUUCUGAAUUUUCUGAAAAUCCAUCAUUGAAGACUAGACUCCAAGAACUAAAGGUAGCCAAAAUUGACAAUCUUGGAACUCAAAUCAGUUCAGAUAUGCAAGCUGCUAGUUUUAAUAAAGGAUUAAAGUUUGAUAGUUGUCCUAGAACAGAGCUUAUGUUUAAUGGCAUCAAAUUACAACUUACUGAUCAUGACUCAAAGCUAGUAAAUAUUCAAAAAGUUAUUGAAUCUACUCAAAAUUCCACAGCCAGUUCUAUUGACAAUAUCAUAAGUAGCAUUAAUGACAUGAAGUCUUCAUUAACCAAAGCUAAAGCAGAGCUUAAAACUGACAUUCAGGCAUCUCAAGUAACUUUAAAAGCUUCACAAGACAUCAUCAAGUCAUCACAAGACGAGGUGAUCAGCAAUCUCAGCAAUAUUAAAAUCACAGUCAGUGACGUCGAGUCAUCAUUGAGCAAGAUCAAAGGGUCCCAAAAUGAACUUCAAUCGUCAAUUAAUAAGCUUCGACUGACUCAAAAUGAGCUCGGUAUAGCACUUGAUAAAGUUGGUAAAAAUGAAGAUCUUGAUGAGAAGUUAUCCAAAAUUGAGGUUGUUGAGGAACAUCUGCUAGAUUUUGAGGUUAAGACGAGUGAGAAAUUUCAAGAAAUUAAGCAAGACUUGGCAAGCAGGCAUCAUAAAAUGGGUGUAAAUAUCGAGGAGAAGAUCAAAGGAAUUGAAAAACGGUUGAUUAAGAAGUUUGAAGAUAUAUUGGAAGAAAAGUUGAGAAAAAUUCUAGACGAGAAGCUUGCAAAUAUUAUUGGAGAUCAAAAACUCAAGGAUACUUAAUAUAAAAUUUUGUUAUUCCCCGUCUGAUUUUUUCGUACGUCAGGCUUUGCAAGAUUUAAAAUUGAGAGCAAAAUUCUCUCAACUGAGAAUAAUAUUUACUCAGAUUUAUUCUUUCUUCAUUCUUUAAUCAGCUUUUGCAUUAUAAAGUUCACUUCUUUUUUGUAUAAAUUUUUGGAGGAAAUAAAAGUUUUUAAGAUCU